AUGGCCGCAAGACCCUCCAAUUUAACAAUCCCGACCCUAUUGACCAUCAUCAUCUUCAUAAUGAGCAAUUACCACACAUCCUCGAGCGCAGCGAAAAACCCAUGUGAAGAUUCGGGCCCUGUGGUCCCCACCACCCCUCUCGUCUCCUUUCUCGAGAAGGUUCAAGAGACGGCCCUAAAGACUUCCGGGCCUAAAGGGUUCGACCCGAAGCUGUACGUGGACAUGCCGCUCAAGUCCAACCUCUCGACCACACACGAUGCCUUCGACAGUCUCGCCCAAAACGGGCCGGUUUCCGAUGAGGUGCUGAAGGGUUUUCUGAAGCAGUAUUUGGAUGACGCAGAGGCGGAUUUGGUGGCCGUGGUUCCGCCGGACUUUAAGGAUGUGCCCGAACACUUUUUGCCUGGUGUGGAGAGCCGGGAGGUGAGGGUUUGGGGUUUGGAGGUGCAUAAGCUGUGGAAGAAUUUGAGCAGGAAGGUUUCAAGUAAGGUUCUUGAGCAACCCGAUUUCCAUACUCUGCUGCCGUUGAAUCACUCGGUCGUAAUACCCGGUUCGAGGUUCCGAGAGGUUUAUUAUUGGGACACGUUUUUUGUUAACAAGGGAUUGUUAGCGAGUAAAAUGGUUGAGACGGCAAAAGGGAUUGUAUCUAAUCUCAUUUCCCUUGUUCAUGAAUUCGGCUAUGUUCUUAAUGGUGCUAGGAAAUAUUACACGAACAGGAGCCAACCUCCAUUGCUGAGUUCAAUGGUUGUGGACAUAUACAAUGAGACUCACGACUUGGAGUUUGUUAAAUUUGCGCUCCCUGCAUUAUUGAAGGAGUAUGAAUUCUGGACUUCAGGGGUUCAUAAUGUGAUUGUUCGGGAUUCGAAAGGUUCAAAUCAAAGCUUAAGCCGAUAUUACGCCAGUUGGAAUCAACCAAGGCCAGAAUCAUACACUAUUGAUAAGGAAACAGCUUCCAAGGUCCCAAACAAAUGUAAAGCCAAAUUAUAUCGUGAAAUUGCUACUACUGCUGAGACUGGAUGGGAUUUUAGUAGCAGAUGGAUGAGGGUAAAGAAUGAUCUGACAACAUUAGCUACAACAUCAAUUUUACCUGUGGACUUGAAUGCAUUUAUUCUGAAGAUGGAACUCGACAUAACCUAUUUGUCAGAUGCGAUUGGAGAUCCUGCAGAAGCCCAACGCUUUCAAGAAGCUUCCAAGGCUAGAAAAAAUGCCAUAAAUUCUAUUUUAUGGAAUAAAAAAAGGAAGCAGUGGUUCGAUUACUGGUUGAGCGAUUUUGAUUUGUGUGAGGGGGUUUAUACUUUUAAUCCAUCAAGUCAGAAUAUGGAAAUAUUUGCCUCAAACUUCAUUCCCUUAUGGAUUCAUGCGUUUAAUUCAGAUGUUAAGCUAGUGGAUGAAGUUGUACAUAGCCUCCUUAAAUCUGGUCUGAUUCGUCCGGCCGGAAUUGCAACUUCUUUAAAUAACUCUGGACAACAAUGGGAUUAUCCCAACGGAUGGGCACCAAUCCAAUACAUGAUUGUCCAUGGGCUCAUGAAGUCCGAGUCGAAAGACGCAAAAGAAGUUGCAGAAGAUAUUGUCGUGAAGUGGAUUAGGACAAACUACGCGACUUACAAUAAAACGGGCGUAAUGCUAGAAAAGUACGAUGUAGAAACGUGUGGAGGUUCUGGCGGGGGCGGUGAAUAUGUAACCCAAACGGGAUUCGGGUGGUCGAAUGGAGUUGUAUUAGCAUUCUUGGAUGAAUUCGGAUGGCCGAAAGACCGAUCUAUUCACUGCCCAAUAGCAAAUUAA